CUGAAAUGUACCAAAUAUAGUUUGAACAACCUGGCGUGUGGUGUUUAUUUUCAUUUGUGGUCCACUGUUUCUCAUUAAAUCUGUAAAAGAGAAGUUGUUCAGGGACCUUCUCAAAUUUCAAUAAAAUACUCAAGUGUUUCAGCACUAGUUGACAUUUCAGCAAUGAAUCUUUUAAAAAAUUUUUAGUUCACAAUUUCGAGGAUUUCCGGUAUACAUACAUAUAGUAAUUUGUAAUUUUUAAAUUUUCUGUAGAUAUCAAAGGAAGUAUCCGUACAAUCAUAUCGGAAGAACUUUGUGCCAACCUCCAACAGUGGUUCCAUCUGAGACCCAGUACUUCUUUGUUGAUGUGUCGACUUUAUCAAGCCAAGGCACCAACUACCAGCUUAGGGUCAGCCGUGUGGAGAGCUUCACACUACAAACAGACAAGAAGUUCAGCUUCACAGCCUCUCCUUCUCAGCCCCAGUAUUUCAAGUAUGUUUUUCCGGAAGGUGUGGAUACUGUUAUUGUCAAAGUCACCUCUGACAUGAACUUUCCCUGCUCAGUCAUGUCAAUUCAAGACAUACAGUGCCCUGUAUAUGACCUUGACAACAAUGUGGCCUUCAUUGGUAUAUACCAGACUAUUACCAAGAAGGGUGCUAUUACAGUCCAGCGGAAGGAUUUUCCCAGUAACAGCUUCUAUGUGGUCGUGGUUGUUAAAACUGAGGAUGAAGCGUGUGGUGGUCCCCUGCGUUACUACCCUCUCCGUCCAGAUGAACUCAUCGAUGCAGGGAACCGAACCAAGAUCCUGGAUGUUGUUGUUUCUCCUGCUAUUAAAACUGAAAUCUAUGUGUUUGGGAUGCUCUUCUGUCUGGGAAUAUUCCUGUCUUUCUACGUACUCAUUUUGAUGGUAGCCUGUGUUCACAGCAGGAGAACAAAGAAGAGAGAGAUUUUCCAUGAACCCCCCGACAUGUCACCUGCUGAGACAGCCUCCCUGCUUGGGAAGAACGGAGAUGGCAAGGCUCCAGCCUCACCCUAUGAAUAUGGAUCCUUUGCUGACAAUGGCAGCACUCUCAGUUCAGAGGCUAUAACUGACAGCGCCACAUCAACAGACAAUAACUACGGAUACAUGGAGAGGUCUUUGGACAGUGUAGGACGUAGCAGACAGGAAUCCCUCAGCUCUGUGGAGGAAGACGACUAUGACACUUUAGAUGACAUCGACUCUGACAAAAACAUCGUCCGUACAAAGAAAUAUCUCUGUGUGUCUGAUUUGGCUCGGAAAGAUAAGAGGAUCCUCAGCAAGAAAUAUCAAAUUUAUUUUUGGAACAUUGCCACUAUUGCUGUCUUCUACGCUUUGCCUGUGAUCCAGUUGGUCAUCACUUAUCAAACAGUUGUAAAUGUGACAGGAAACCAAGACAUCUGCUACUACAACUUCCUGUGUGCUCAUCCACUAGGAGCUCUAAGCUCCUUCAACAAUAUCCUGAGUAACCUUGGUUAUGUAUUGCUGGGCCUGCUAUUUCUUCUAAUCGUCCUCAAAAGAGACAUCAUGCACAAUCGAGCUCUGGUCCGCCAAGAUGUCAACGCUUUGGAAUGUGGUAUCCCGAAACACUUUGGACUGUUUUACGCCAUGGGGACGGCUCUCAUGAUGGAGGGCCUGCUCAGUGCCUGUUACCAUGUCUGUCCCAACUACACCAACUUUCAGUUUGACACAUCCUUCAUGUACAUGAUUGCUGGGCUGUGCAUGUUGAAGCUGUAUCAGAAAAGACACCCAGACAUCAAUGCAAGUGCGUACUCUGCAUACGCCUGCCUUGCAGCAGUCAUCUUCUUCUCUGUGCUCGGAGUGGUUUUUGGAAAAGGGAAUAUGGUGUUUUGGAUUGUUUUCUCUGUUAUUCACAUUUUGGCCACUCUCCUCUUGAGUACCCAGCUCUACUACAUGGGCAGAUGGAGACUAGACUCUGGGGUUCUGCGAAGAAUGGUUUAUAUCAUUUACACAGACUGUAUCAGACAAUGCAGCGGCCCCAUGUAUAUUGACCGAAUGGUUUUGCUUGUAUUGGGAAACAUUGUCAACUGGUCUCUAGCUGCUUAUGGACUUAUUAAGAGACCAAACGACUUUGCCUCAUAUCUGUUGGCCAUUGCCAUCUGUAACCUGCUGCUGUACUUUGCAUUUUACAUUAUCAUGAAGCUGCGGAGUGGAGAGAGGAUCAAGUGUGUGGCCCUCAUCUGUAUUCUCUUCACCGCCGUUGUUUGGGGAUUUGCGCUGUACUUUUUCUUCCAGGGUCUCAGCACUUGGCAGAAAACUCCAGCAGAGUCUCGUGAACAUAACAGAGACUGUAUCUUGUUAUCUUUCUUUGAUGAUCAUGACAUCUGGCACUUCCUGUCCUCCAUCGCCAUGUUUGGAUCAUUUCUGGUCCUGCUGACCAUGGACGAUGACCUUGACACUGUCCAAAGAGACAAGAUCUAUGUUUUCUGAAGUGGCCUCAGCUCAUUGCCUUACACAGCUCAGUUUGUCUGCGUGUUCUAAACAUGGAUCUUAUUAAACUUCCAUGGUCCUGAUUCAUUUCAAAAAGCACAGACAGUAACCCCAAGACUUCCCCCCUCCCUUCAUUUUGGGAAGACCUGUACCAUCCGGACAUGUUGGUGCCAAUCCAAAACUCUUAUUAAAUGAUGCUGUGAACUAUCUGUUCAAUCGCUGCCAUCUUCUUUGAUAAAUGUUUACUUAUUGCAGACAAUGUAAACUUGAUAAAAUAUUAGCCUGACUUAACUUAUUUGAUACCAGCUCUAUUAUAGAAAACUCUGCAAUGCAUUUUGAAGUGAAUUUAUAUGCUGUUUAUAUUGAAUGAAUGUUUCUAUAUCAAAGUAAGAGUCCUUUAUCCAUUAAUCUGUUUUGUCUGUGGCCUUGAAAAAAAUGUACCCACGUCCACACUGUCAAUUCAAAACCUCUCCGUCCGAAUAUUGAUGAUUGUACUCUUUAAACUGCCCUCAAGCCCUGACUUUGCACAGUACUGUAAAUGUUGUUGAGCGGUUACUGAAUAAAGGUUUCUUUUUCAGA